GAAAACAUUGCAGGAAGCCAUGGAGGCCAAGUCAUUAGGUCUAUUUAAGAUAGAGAGAGAGAAGCAUUCUUGAUUAAUAAGAGGAUCAAGGUUUCGAGAAGAAGGCUGGAAAUUGGGCUUGAGAAAGAUCUCAGCCAGAAUCAAAUGGCAAAACAGACUCAGUAGGCCGAAUGAGCUAUUCCUGCCCCCAAAACUUAUGGCCUUAUGGAUUCCACAUGAAAUUUUUCAAUGUUCGUUUUGUAAGGAAGCCAUUUCUGGGUGCAAGUGCUUGUUUACAAUGUCUUUAAUUUUUGCCUUAUAUAGUCAGGAAGGCAAAUGUAAUGUUGGCAUUUAUUUUGAAAGGACUUGAAUGUAACAGCAGGGCUGUACCUCUGAGGCUUUAUGAGGCUCUGGUCAGGCCAUACUUGGAGUACUGUGUACAGACUUGGGCCCCGUAUCUCAGGAAGUAUGCACUGUACCUGGAACGGGUUCAGAGGAGGUUCAUGAGAAAGGUCCAGGGAAUGGAAAGCUUAAAAUAUGAGGAACAUUUGAGGACUGUGAGACUACACUCAUUGGAGAUUAGAUGGAUGAGGGGUAUCUAAUUGAAACUUUCAGAAUACUGAAUGGCCUGGACAGAGUGGAUGUUGGGAAGAUGCUUUCAUUGGUAGGAGAGACUAGGACCCAAGGGCCCACAUUUAGAAUAAAGAGGAGAUCUUUUCAAAUGGAGAUUUGGAGAAACUUUUUCAGCCAGAGAGUGUUGAAUUUGUGAAAGUCACUGCCACAGAAGGCUGUGGGGGCCAGGUCAUUGAGUACAUAUAAACUGAGACAGAUUAUCGAGGGGAUUAAGGGUUAUGGGGAGAAAGCAGGAGAAUGGUGUUGAGGAACUUAUCACACAUGACUGAAUGGCAGAACUGACUCAAUGGGCCGAAUGGCCUAAUUUCUGCUCCAAUGUCUGAUGGUCUUAUGGUCUUAAUGAAUUGCAGGUCCAAAACCUUUGACAGCCCAAACUCUGAUAAAGUUGAAGAACCAAGUUCACCGAAAGCGACUGCAGAAAAUUCAAAUUUUGGAAAUGUUGACAGUGCAAAUGGUGAGGAAAAUGGAAGUUGUGGUUCUUCAGGAUCCAGCGAAAUAAUUGCUAAAAAAGAGGAAGGAACAAUCCAGAAUAAUUUUGAUUUGGAGGAGGUCCAACUUCAAAAGGAGCAAGAAGGCGUUUGCAGCAACUGUGAAAGCAUUGAGUCUGAACACUGUCCGAAUUCUGAUGAAAUUCAGAAUUUAAGUUCACCAGAAAAGGGAGCGACAGUCAAGAAAAGCAUAGACUUCAACAGAUCAAGCUUUCUGGAAGAAUAUAAUUUCAGUCCUGCAGAAAAGGAAACACUAAUGAAAAUUGCUAUACCUGAAAUUCUUGAAAUCUGGCUGGAGGAGUCUGCCGAAGACUUUCGUCAAGUUCCAACUUACUCUUGUCUCCGGAAGGUACUUUGCUACUUGAACCAGACAGUGCCGGGGUCAGAUGCUGAACAUCGGGCCCAGAAACUCCUGAGUCAAUUUUUGGCGGAGGAAACAGCGGAGAAAGAGAUGUUCAAAGGCUACCGUAGAAGAGUUAGAUUCUAUAUUGGAGAAGAACACGACCAAACCAUCGAACAAGUUGACGAAAAGCUCCUGUCCUACCCAUCACGCUUCAUUGCAGAGCAGCUGACUUUUAUGGAUGCUGAUCUUUUUCGGAAACUUGUGCCCAGCCAAUGUUUAGGGUCCAUCUGGUCUCAACGAGGGAAGGAAGAAAAACAGCAUCUGGUAUCAACCGUCCAGGCCACCAUUACACAGUUCAAUAAUGUUACAAAAUGUGUCACCAGCACCAUAUUAAGACCUCAACAGCUGAAACCACGGCAGAGGGCUAAAAUCAUUGAGAAAUGGAUUGAUGUUGCCCAGGAAUGUAGGAUUUUGCAGAAUUUCUCGUCAGUGCAUGCAAUUACUACGGCAUUGCAAUUGAAUAGUGUGUUCAAUUUGAAGAAGACUUGGGCAGCCGUGUCAAAGAGCAGUAAGACAACAUUUGAAGACCUUUCAAAUAAUGAAGAAGAUAACUUUAUAGCAAGUAGAGAGCUGCUAAUGGAGGAUAUCGUUCAGGGAAUUGUGCCGUCCCUGGGAACUUUCUUAACAGAAUUUUCAGCGCUGGAUUCGGCUUUCCCGAAUUGCCAUUCAAAUGGCUUGAUCAACUUUGACAAGAGACAAAAACUCCUCUGAACUCGAGAAACCGCCAAAGCCCAAAAAGAGUGUGUUUAAACACCUCAGCUGCCUGUUUUCAAAGAGAGGUGUUAAAAUACACAACACUCAAACUAAAAGCUCUGAGCAGCGAGC